AUGGUGAAGAUCCACCAGUACUGGUCAUGGUCCAUGAUCCUGCUGUCCUACUUGAUCUCUACGACGGGUAGCUACUGCACGAUUCAACUCAUGGAGAAUUGGCGUCGCAUCGACGAUGUCAAGCACAAACGCGUGAUGCUCGUCCUAUCUGCGUUUGCGCUCGGCGGCUGCGGUAUCUGGUGCACGCACUUCACAGGCAUGACGGCGCUAGAACUGGACCUCGAGGACGGCUCAGCUCUUGAGAUGGACUUCGAGCUGGGGCUGACCAUCCUGUCGUUCAUUUUCGCGGUUCUCGGUGUACUUGUUGGGCUGAAAAUCGCGUCCAUGGAUCCGUACUUCCUCGAGAUGGAAGCUGCUAGGCGCAAGGAGAUGCUGGCUGCAAAUCUGAAAAACGUCAAAAUGUCGACAGUAGUGAAUAAAAGCGCAGUCACCCGUCGCAUCAAGAUUAUCGCUCUCUUUUCGAGACUACGGCUUAUUAUGCUUGGAGGGGCGUUUGCAGCGCUGGGAGUGCUGGGAAUGCACUACCUGGGUAUGAUGGCGCAGCGUAUGAAUGCUACCAUGGAGCUCAGCGCCGGAAUUGUGGUGCUCUCCGUUUUCAUCGCCUUUUUCACUGCCAACGCCGCCUUUUGGAUUUUGUUCCGAGCGCUGACGUUUAUGCCCGACAGUGAAUUGUUACGACUGGGGAGUGCUCUGAUCAUGGGCGUUGCAGUUUGUGCUACCCACUACUGUGGCAUGGGAGCUGCGUCGUACAAAUCCAGCAGCGAAAACUAUCUGGAUUCCACGCGAUUCAUCAUCAAUCGCUCCGAAGCUGCAAUUGUGGCCUCACAUGGGGCACUGCUGACCUGCUACUGGCUGGCCAGCUUCAGUGUGGUGCGUCUUGUGCGCAAAUCUGAAAUGACAAUGACAGCGACGACCAUGCGCGAAGGUGUGUCCAAACGAGACAAGAGCUCCAAGAGCCGAAAGAACAGCAGCCAGAAAGUCUACGCGGCGGACUGA